AUAAAAGGGCGACAGUAAAAUAUGUGUAAGCGCGUGUGGAGAGAAGCUUUAAUCACUUCGCCGUCGGGAGGAGUUUCAGCCCGAAGCUGCCGGUAUCUAACGCAGGAUCGCGGUCGGAGGGCAGAUGCACGGAGGAGCCGCCAGCUUAUUAACUUCGGGAUACUUGGGCAGGCGUGCUGGCACGGUUUCACAGUCAGGAGUCUGGACUCGUUCCUGCAUUCAGGCAGGUGACUAGCGAGAUGGACAAGCCCUUUCAGCAAAAAUACCUCCCCGCCCCCCUGGCCAGAUUCCACCCGGCUUUCUCAGCAUCGUUUUAUGGAUUGUGUGUGUGUUUUUUUUCAUCAUGCUGAAUGGGAGCGAGCUCUUGUCCAGUGUCCCCUGAAGUCAAACUAAAUGAGAUAUGGCAGUGCGGGCUAACCAUGCGUGCAGUAUUGCAAGAAAAUCAGAUGAGGAGAAAGCAAAGGGCCAAACUCUAUUAGCCUAAAGCAUAACACUCCUGGACAUGUUAGGGGGGGGGGGGCAAAAUGGUCAAAGAACAGUCAAUGUAAGCUUAGCAGGGGGUGGGGAGAGCUAGAAGGGUAAAUACAUGCCGAUCCAUCUCAGAGCAUUUCUGGAACUCACCGGCAACCAGAUCUCCAAGAGGUACUGCGACGUUUUAUUUAUCAUAUUGAUAUGCUCCAUCAAUUUGUAGCUGCCUUCUCUAAUCUUGAGCAUCAGCAUUUAGCAACGUCGCACAGACUCGAGCGCCACUGACCUUCAAUGAUGUUCUGACGACGUACCGACGUCCCGUCUGCUUCUGCGACUCCUGGGCUGUCUCCAGGUGCGUUCCAUCAUGAGGGACCUCCUGCAGAUGUGACUGCACCCCUGCCUCCUCCAAGAAUGGCAGAGAACCCCAGCCAGACGCCCCCGCCUGGGGGGAAUGAGACCCUGGCUUUCCUGCCGCCCAAUUGCUCCGGCUGCUCUCACAGCCUGGGGCCGGAGCUCAAUGUGGCCAAGGCGGUGCUGCUGGGCUUGGUGCUGGUGGUCUUCGUGGUGUUCGGGGUCCUGGGGAACACGUUGGUGAUCCUGUCAGUGGCCUGCCACCGCCACCUACGCACGGUCACGCACUAUUUCAUCGCCAACCUAGCGGUGGCCGACCUGCUGCUGAGCGCGGCCGUGCUGCCCUUCUCGGCCACGUUCGAGGUGCUGGGCCGCUGGGUGUUCGGGCGGCCGCUGUGCAGCGUCUGGGCAGCGGUGGACGUGCUCUGCUGCACCGCCUCCAUCAUGAGCCUGUGCGUCAUCUCCGUGGACCGCUACAUCGGCGUCAGCUACCCGCUGCGUUACCCUUCGAUCGUGACGCGCCGGCGUGGCCUCUUGGCGCUGGGCGUGCUCUGGGCCCUGUCCAUCACCAUCUCCGUGGGGCCGCUCCUGGGCUGGAGGGAGCCGGCGCCCCCAGACGAGUCCGUGUGCCGGAUCACGCAGGAGCCGGCCUACGCCGUCUUUUCAGCCAUAGGCUCCUUCUACCUGCCGCUGGCCGUCACGCUGGUCAUGUACUGCCGCGUCUAUGUGGUGGCUCGCCGAGAGACGCGGUGCCUCAGGGACGGCUGCAAGUCCGCCAGCUCUGACCCUGAUGGCGUCACCCUACGCAUGCAUCGUGGCAACGCCGCCGCAUGCGCCGGCGACGAGGAGGCUAUACGCAACCGGACGCACUUCACCCUGCGCCUCCUCAAGUUCUCCCGCGAGAAGAAGGCCGCCAAGACGCUGGGCAUCGUGGUGGGCUGCUUUGUCCUCUGUUGGCUGCCCUUCUUCCUGGUGCUGCCCAUCGGCUCCAUUUUCCCAGCCCACAGACCCUCAGAAACUGUGUUCAAGGUGACCUUCUGGCUGGGCUAUUUCAACAGCUGCAUCAAUCCCAUCAUCUACCCCUGCUCCAGUAAGGAGUUCAAGAGGGCCUUCCAGAACGUUCUGGGCCUUCAGUGCCUGACCCGUCGGGCCCCUCCUCGCCAAUGUCCAGGCCAUGGUCGUGCCCUGAAGCCCAGUCCCACUCCAAGCCCUGCUCAGGCCCCCGGGACCAUGAACGGGGCACAGACGGCCCGGGUCCGCAGCAAACGUCUUCUGAUGGCCUGCAGCUGUGUCCGGGGCCCCCCACACCCACAGCUCCCAGCCCACGGUGUCACAACACCUCCCAUGUCCCACCCUCCUACCACCAAGGUUCACCAGCUCUCCCUUGGCUGGACUGGUGAACCAGUGUAGGCAAAUGGAGUUCAAAAACAGGCUUCUGAUCCUCGGUCUCGAACUCCUUAUCACUGGAGAUAUAAUGAAGCAGGUUACACCCCUGCCAGAGUACUUCUGUGCGCCGCGGCCUGCAACGUGAUCCAAUGCAUGAAAAUAAAAGGCGGUGGCUUCGUAAAUCCUAAGGAUGGGCUUGCUGUUGGAACAUCAAGGGUACUUAAUCUCACUCGCCUCAGGAUAAUUUCCUUCUCUAUCGGCUAGUAUAAGUAGAAGGUGUCAGCUAAAUGGCAAUGCGAGCAGGAUAGCCAAGCAUUCUGGUCACAUAGACCAGAACGUAACUGUGCGAAGCUUCAGGAGAACGUCCCAUUCAAACAAAACUGCUACAUGGCCCGUGAUUGGCUGAAGGGCACAUUUCGUUGUUUGGCUUCUGCUACAUGGCCCGUGAUUGGCUGAAGGGGAUAUUUCUUUGUUUGGCUUCUGCUACAUGGCCCUUGAUUGGUUGAAGGGGACAUUUCUCUAUGUGGUUUUUAUUUGAUUUUUUCGCCGCAGCAUUCAUAUAAAGUGUGUAUUACCUGUACUUGUUUACUAUACAAAUAACCAGUCUAAAUUUGAAUUAAUUUAAAGGUUUGCAGUUUAUUUCAUUUUGCAUUGGUCUUAAUGCGUCUAUGCGUUGCGCAUUUUCGUAAGAUGUAGUUUUAUUCCGUUUUUGUUUCACUCGGUCGUUGUGUUCGGGCUUUUGCUUGUCGUCAGUGUGGCAGCCUGUGGGAAGCACUGCCUUCCGUCCAGGAUGUCCCCUGCCUCCUGUCCCAUGCCGCUCGCUUCCUGGGAGAGCGUCCAGACUCGCCGUGUCCCCGCCCCCAGAAACCACUGCAGAAAAAUGAAAUGAAAAUAGAUGGAUGGUUUGGCCGAGGCACGACAGGAACACUCCUGAAAAUGGCAGUACAUUACCCGCCGAAGAGAAUCGCACUCCGUGUAGCUGUUAAUCCCCCCCCCCCCCCCAGAGGUGGGAUGUGGUAAACAGCAGCCCAAAAUGCUUUGCUGGGUCUAAUAUUUUCUCUUCCGAAGUUUCAUUGCUAUUUUAGAGGAGGCCUGGAAACAAUUACACCUCUUACAGCUCAAGAGCUGUGCGCAGUGCUUCAGAGCUGCAGCCGCCUACUUCACUAGGGUGCUGAUGUGCACCG